CCAACAUCCUUCCUCUUCACUCUACGUUAAGGUGAUUGUGGUUGUUAGCAGGGUGUGUGCCGCAAGGUACAAAAAUUUGAAAAUAUCUAUUAUUUUAAAUAAUAAUUUUAAAGUAGUGUGUAUACAAUAUACUCUAGUGGAAAGGGGGCUCUUUACAAAGUACCGACCAUGGCGUCGGAACAAUUCUCAUUAUGUUGGGACAAUUUCCACAAAAAUAUGAGUUCUGGUAUGAAUUCGUUACUGGAAAACGAAGAUUUAGUGGAUGUCACGUUAGCCGUACAAGGAAAAUGUUUAAAGGCCCACAAAAUGGUUCUUUCAGUUUGUAGUCCGUAUUUUAAAGAACUUUUUAAAUCGAAUCCGUGUCAACAUCCUAUUGUGUUUAUGAAAGACGUUAGUUACGAAGCUUUAAGUGAUUUAUUGCAAUUUAUGUACCAAGGAGAAGUUCAAGUUAGUCAAGAAAAUUUAUCGACGUUUAUUAAGACUGCAGAGGCCUUACAAAUCAAAGGUCUCACCGGGGACGGUAAUGGUUCGACCGAUAACGACGUUACUGAAGUACCGGUGGAAAAACAUACUCCUCACGUUGAGGAAUACAAACCCAUUCCCGUUUCUCGACCAAAGAAACAACAGCUCUCGUCCGCCCCACCAACGUCUUCACCUUCGGUUAAACGUCAAAGGUUAAGUUCCAACGACGCUCAAUCCAUACCGCAAACUAUCACCAAAGUCGAACCCGUUGCCCCUUCGCACCAAUCCAUCAACGUUUCGACACCUGAACCCGCCGCCGUACAUUUUAAAAUGGAACCAUAUGAUCAAUCGCAGAACCUCCUCGACGAAACUGGUGAUGAAAAUUUCGGCGACGAUACUUUGGAUGAAAACGUAGGGGACGAUACGGAAGAUUAUUCGAUGAUGGAAACUGGUACCGGUGGUCCUGAGGAAGAACCACAAGCCGGUACUAGUACGGACGGAGCGGGUGAAGGACAAGUUAUAUAUGUAAUACCCGGAAAAAAGAAUCCUAAAAUAAUAGUUAAUAAUGAUCAUUACGUCAUCAAUCGAAAAAUGGAAGGAAGAACUAUCUGGAGGUGUUCUCAAUACAGAAAAAUAUCAUGCACGUCAAGAAUUAUCACGUUCGGUAAAAACGUUUGGAUAAAAUCAGCUCAUAAUCAUCAACCCACUUUUCCUUCGUUAAAAAAUGCCGUCAAACAAUUCGUUAAUUUCGUAUAUUGUAAAAAUAAACAAAAUUUAUAUUAAAUACCAGAAAAUAUAUAAAUUAUAUGUCAUCAUACAUAUAUUUAAAUUGUUUUAUUCAAAUUACGUGUCUGUUAACGAAAAUUUGACAGUUUUAUGUUAGCUAAUAUUUACGAUUACAGUAGAUGGCAGCAAAAAUUUAUUUUUUCUACGACCGUGCGUUUUAACCCACUUUCCCGCACGCAUUUUAGUUUUGAAAGUGUCACUUUCCCGCACUAGUGCGGGAAAGUGGGUUAAAACAACUGCAGUCGCGUGCGGGAAAGUAUCACUUUCCGCACUUGUUAGGAAAAUAACUAUUUCAACUUUCUAGUAAAAAAUACUCGAAAUGGUGUUGAACUAUUACCUCCAUUUUGUUAAAAAUAAUCGUGUUUUAUGAAUUACUCAAAUUAGUUUUUAAUUAAUAUUUUAUAAAAAGCAUUAUAAAGUCAAUAACGCCAUCUGUGUCUUAGUUUUUUUAUUUUUAGUUUCAAUCCGUGACAAAUACAAUAGUUCUCUGUGUUUCAUGUUAAAACACUCAAUUCAGACUAAAUAUAAACGUAAAUAUGGAUAGUAGUAGUGUCAUUCUUCUUUUAUAUCGUUAUUUCUUCCUAUAGGUGUAAUCUACGUGGUGCCGGGAUUAAGAAAUCCGAAAAUACUUUUUGGUGUACGUAAAGAACAGAGAUAAAACUAGAUGGCGCUGUGCCGCCUAUUACAAAACAAAAUGUAAAUCAACUUUGGUGACGUACGGUAAAAUCGGCAAAGUUAAUAAUCAACAUAAUCAUAUACUGUUAUUGAAAGGAACUAAAAUGAAUAAUAAAUUUAUACAAACUGUCGAAAUUAUUAGAUCAAAAACGAAAAUAUAAAAUAAAUAGCUUUAAAUAUUUGCGUGUUGGUUAGGAUGACAUAAACAACUACAUAUUAUUAUUUAUAAUUAACAAUGAUUCAUCAGUAAUAUAUAUUUAACACUAAAUCUAGUCUGAAUUGUAACCAAAAUAUACUCAAAAUUUUCAUUUUCUAUUUAUUUUUUUGCCAAAUAAUAUGAAUUUGUAUUUAAGACAAUGUUACUGAUAUUGUGUCAUGAAAAGAAAUUGAAUCAAACAGGGUCGGACUAGAUAUGGAGGCCCAUCUUUAACAAAUUUUUAGCGGUACGCCCUACAUGCUACAAAUGAAAAGUUUAUUUUUAAGUAAUUAUAAAAUGGAGUUCCAAUAUUUUUAGUGGAUUGCACGAUUGGCAACAUCGCUAUAAUUUUCUCUAUUCGCCUACAGUAUAUACGAAGUUACCCCAGGUUUUGGAAAAAUACGUUUGGCAACUCCGGAUUUAGUCUAUACUGAAAAAAUUAACUUUAAUGAUUCAACCAAAUUCAGGAAGCCCAAUUCGGCAACACCACAAAACUUUUGUUUAUUAAUGAUAUCAUUAUAUUGUCAUGACUUUGGGGAAAUUUAAAUUUGGUUGGUAAACACUGUUUUUCUGAAACAAUUUUCCAAAUAUUCAGUUUUUGUUAGAAUUUAGUUUGGCAACAUUGCAUUUGUCAGUUUUUCAAUUUUUAGCGAAACUUUAAAUUUGGCAACACUACAAACUCGACACAUGUGUAGAAAUCGAACGAAAUUACCCAGUUUAGGGAAAAAGAUAGUUUGGCAGCAUUGCAGUACUUUUUAAUUGGUUUACGGAAAUAUGACGAAACUGCUAUCUUUAUAUGUUUCAUUAAAGCAAUUAUUCAGUAUUUCAAAAUCCUAAUUUGGCAACACCGAAAUAGUUUUAUAAAAAUAUCAAUGUUUCUUAUUUAGGUGAAAAUAGAUCAGAUUUAUUCAGAGAUACAGGUCGGCAAUACCGCAGUACUUUUUCACGAAUUUUCUGUAAUUUAGAUUUGGCAACACUGUAAUCUCUAUAUUUUAUAUUCUUGAAAUGAUAAUAUUCAUUUUAAAUGAUAUAGUAAAUAAUUUUUUUAGAAUUUCAGUUGAAAAUUGUUUUUAGGCAUAGUUUAUAUAAUCCCAGGAACAAAACACCCCAAAUUAGUGGUAGACGAUAACGAAUACUCCGUAUACCUAAAACACGAAGAUAGAACAAGAUGGCGAUGCAGCUGUUACUUCAAAACGAAAUGUAAAUCUACGUUACUGACAUACGGAAGAGUAGUUCGAAUCAAUCACGAACACAACCACGCGCCAUCGAUGUCAGGAAAAGAUCUAAACAAUCAAUUAAAACAAUUUGUAUCGAUUAUUAGAAACAUACAGAACCAUUAAUACUCGAAUAAAAUAUCUAUAUCCCUAUUUUUAUAAAUAUCAUUUAUUUCUAUGAUUCAGAGCAUGUUUGAUAAUCGAUUUUUGUAGAUUUGAUCUUCGUUUUACCGGGUAGAAAGUAUCCGAGAAUAAUAGUCGAUGGUUUCGAAUACAACGUACAUAAAAAAGAAGAAA